CCCCCCUCGGAAGGGGGGCGUGGAGGGAACCGGGAUCAGCCAGGGGCCAGCAUGAGCCAGAGGGAGGGAAGUCUGGAAGACCCUCAGGCUGACGAUUCAGUCUCACUCCUUCCCCACUUGGAGGCCAAGAUCCGUCAGACACACAGCCUUGCCCGCCUCCUCACCAAAUACGCAGAGCAGCUGCUCCAGGAAUAUGUGCAGCACCAGGGAGAUCCCUUCGGGCUGCCGGGCUUUUCACCGCCGCGGCUGCCAGUGGCCGGCCUGAGCGCCCCAGCACCGGGCCACGCAGGGCUGCCGUUGCCCGAGCGGCUGCGGCUGGACGCGGCGGCGCUGGCCGCGCUGCCCCCGCUGCUCGAUGUCGUGCGCGGCCACCAGGCCGAGCUGAACCCGCGCGUGCCGCGCCUGCUGCGGCGCCUAGAGGACGCUGCGCGCCAGGCUCGGGCUCUGGGCGCCGCCGUGGAGACUGUGCUGGCUGCGCUGGGCGCCGCCGCCCGCGGUCCCUGGCACGAACCCUCCGCUGCCACCGCCGCGGCUGCCGCUGCCGCCAGCGCUGCGGGGGUCUUUCCGGCCAAGGUGCUGGGGCUCCGCGUGUGCGGCCUCUACAGUGAAUGGGUGAGCCGCACCGAGGGCGACCUGAGCCAGCUGGUGCCCGAGGGCCCAGCGUGAGUGCGCACACAGGGGCGAGUUUGCGCUGUCGCCUCCUCUCCGUCAGUCUUCAUCUCCAAGUCUGUCUUCACUGCUCUCUCUCCCCAUGUCUGCCAGGGUCUUUUCGCGGACUGUUUCCAUUGCUCUAACUGUAAUCUUUCUUUCUGGACCUCCUCGUCUCUUCGAUGAACUUGCCUGUGCCCAUUAUUUUCUAACUUGCCCUCUCUUUUUCUCCAUCCUUGGGCCUGCCUCAGUCUCUUUAGGUCUCCCCUUUACCCAUCUCCGGGGGUCUCUGGGUCUGUUUCCCCAUCUCUUGCCUCCCUUUGGUCCCAUGUGAGCGUGUGUACAUCUCAACCUCAUCUCAAGGAGGCGACACCUUGUUUCUCUUCCUCUGUCUUUCUUUUUGUCCUUUCCUGGCCAGGAAAGUGCCUGUUGGUUCUGUGAUGGGUAGGCUACUGCAGAAAAAUUUUAGAUGCCUUCCCCAAGGGUUAUCCCAACUACUACCCUCAUUGUCCCCAUUCCAUACCUUUGGGCCCUGCCCCUUUUCCUUUUAUGCCUUUCCUUUCCUUCACCUUGCCCUGCCCUACCCCUGCACAGCCCUCACCCCCCAAGCCAGGUCUGUGGAGAGGAAAAAAAAAAAAAAAAAGAAAAGAAAAGCGAUGCCUUAAAAGAGUUUUAUUCGAGAAUAAAUUAAUUUUUUGUAAAUAAAAUGUAAAAAAUAAAACUAAAGUUACCUAUAUAUACAGUUGUUGAAAAUGGGAGACAACUUUUGAGGAAAAUAGGGUCCUUGAGGUACAAAUUGCUCCUGCACACCGACCCAAAAGGCACAGUAUGAAUAGGAGAUUCAUGAAAACCCCAGGACAGGGAUGCCACCUGUCACCCCAAACAGGAAGUGAGUGUACCCUGAGCAGGAAACAGAUGUGAUGUGACAUGAGUCUCUAGUUCUCCCAGAAUUAUACUUCCAUUGAUCAGGAAGCAAAGCCCCAUUUGGAGGUAAAGUGGAACAAUGACCCAGAUAGGCAAAUCAGGAAAGGAAAUGAACUCUGUCAAGAAGGGAGACCUAUCUCCUCAAAAAGGCCAUAUCUUCACAUAGGAAUGGAGGUAGACAGAGACAGGAAGAUAGCUCCUGAACUUCCUCAAAUUAUAGAAAGGAGAAAGUCUCAAGAAGAGCCCAGGAAGGAGACCAACUGUUCUCUCCCUAGAGGGAAAAGUGAAGCCUCUUUAGGGGGCUUUUCUUUCCAACCAGGAAGUAGGAAAACAAGUACCACUGGAUUGCUAAUCCAUGACACAUGGAGACCCAACCAGAUCUGGAAUGGAAAUCAUAGACCCUGGGCAAGAAGGCCUAGGCAAUAAGGAAUGGAGGCCUGGUUUCCAGAUAAUAUUCCCCAAAACAUGGCGCACAAACCCUGUUUCUAAGAAGUUGUAACUCCUCCAUCCCAAUAGCAAGGCAAAACAGUCCCUUGUGAAAGAGGAAGUGUUGCAGCAUCUGACAGGAAGCCUCACUCUAUGCUGGGUAUUUGGCCUUGAGUAGAGCCAAGUCCCUCACAGCUCGAUCUGUCCAGUGGCCAUAUUCCCGGGUCACCACAUAUCCUCGACAUUUUCUCUCAAAGGCAGAGGCCCCAAAGGCAACAAGCCCAAGAGUGUCCUCUUCUGGGGGAAUUGGCAGCCCCAAGGCAGUCAUGAUGGCAGCCAUAUUGCCCAACAGGCCUUGGGCCCGGAGUCUUGCAGCUCCAAGCUGUGCCAGGAGGAUGGGACUUCCAGGAUUCAGGUCACUCUGGUCAUCUCCCACAAGUUGGAGGUGCUGGGUCAAGGCCAGGAAGGCUCCCUGGGCACGGCUCAACCUCUCCCCAUCAUCCAGGGCAUGCCAGGUCUUGAAGGGGACUGCAGCAGGAGGCAGGCUGCUGAGCUGGAGCUCAGGGGCUGAGAAGCCAGGGUCACUAAAGGGGCUUCCCUGGUGCUGGAGCUGCAUGAGGGACAGAGACAGACAGAAGUAAGGGACUAAAGGGAUAUGUGACACUGACUCCACAUCUGCUCUCCGAGACCGGCAUCUUCCCAAGAGAAACCACCAUUCACCACCUUUCAAGGAGCUGGUAGGAUGUCCUAACAGAGCAAGAGCCUUAUUAGGUUCCAAUUUGUCGUCUUCCAUGUACUAUGUAUGUGACAUCAAACUACAAACUUCUGUAAUUCCCUUGUGACAAUGUUAUUGUGAAGAUGAUAGAAAAAAUAUAUAUAUAUAAAUGUGUGUGUAUGUGUUUAUAUAUAUAUAUAUGUUUAUAUGUAUAUAAACACAGUACCUGACAUACAAUCAUACAAUAAAGGCAUAAAAAGUCAUCAUUAACUAAUAAUAUAUAGAUAUCAAUGAAUUCUGUGACUAAUUUUUAUAAUAGUUUAAUAAUAUUUUCAAUCCAAGUACAUU